AUGUCUAUGCAGACGGCCGAGCUCGCACACUUGAAGGAAGCGGCCCUCUUUGCCGUGUGGAAGGGCAAGAUCGACAGCUCAGACAGGCCGGUGCGGUUGCCAUAUGCAACGCCAACCGAGAUGUCGUCAGAUGUCACAGAGGAGAUUGCAUGGGAGGGAGAGGACCAUCCCUUCCUCAUGGCACGUGCCGUGUUGGCUGGUGACCUGCUCCGGUUUGCCUUGUGCCUUUGGCUUCAGGGAAUCCCGGCAACAGCGGUGCAAGUCGGCUACCCAGGUAAGUUGUUCAGCCUAGCUGAACACCCAGAGAAGGACGGAAACACUAGAAUCGCCCAGAUCUACUUGGAUGCCACGGGCGACGCGGAUGGCGUCGAGACGGUAGAUGGAAACCUGGUGCUGAAGUGCUACCAGGAACAAACCUUUGCCGAGGAGAGCGGUGAUCCUGAUUAUGAGUCCAAGAACACGGACACUCUGACUCCAGAUAAAGUCUUUGGUCAGAGCUCCGACCCGAUGCUGGACUUCCAGUUGGGCUGGUUCAACAACAGCAACUACUUUCCAUCCUUCGUGGAAGAGAUGAUGGAGAACUAUAG